ACUACAUUUCCCACAAUACCUAGCGUCUGCUGCGCCGGCCAACUAGCAUUUGAGGCAAGCGACCUUGGACUUACAGAGCAAGCAUGGCGAAUAAAGACCCAAACAGAUUCGUCCAGCACCUGCGGGACCUGGCGGGGCGCAUGUCGGGCGGCCCGCGCGGCGCAGGAACGGGUCUGAAGCUGCUACUGGGUGCUGGAGCGAUAGCCUAUGGCAUCAAGGAGGCCACCUACACGGUGGAGGGUGGUCAGAGGGCCAUUGUUUUCAACAGAAUCGGAGGGAUGCAGAUGGACACCGUUCUCUCUGAAGGUCUUCAUUUUAGGAUACCAUGGUUCCAAUACCCCAUCAUCUAUGACAUCAGAGCACGGCCCAGGAAGAUCUCCUCCCUGACCGGAAGCAAAGACCUGCAGAUGGUGAACAUUGCGCUGCGUGUGCUGUCCCGCCCCGUGGCGUCCAACCUGCCGUUCCUGUACCAGCACCUGGGGAAGGACUACGACGAGCGCGUGCUGCCCUCCAUCGUCAACGAGGUCCUCAAGAGUGUCGUGGCCAAAUUCAACGCUUCCCAGCUCAUCACUCAGAGAGCACAGGUGUCGUUGCUGAUUCGCCGGGAGCUGUUUGAGAGAGCCAAAGACUUCAACAUCAUUCUAGACGACGUGGCCAUCACUGAGCUGAGCUUCAGCAGGGAGUAUACUGCCGCAGUGGAGGCCAAGCAAGUCGCCCAGCAGGAGGCGCAGAGAGCCCAGUUCUUUGUGGAGAAGGCCAAACAGGACCAGAGACAGAAGAUCAUCCAAGCUGAGGGAGAGGCGGAGGCAGCCAAAUUGUUAGGAGAGGCGGUCACAAAGAAUCCUGGCUACCUGAAACUGAGGCGGAUCCGAGCGGCCCAGAACAUCGCUAAGACGGUGGCAACGUCUCAGAACAGAGUGUACCUGAAUGCAGACAGUCUGGUACUGAAUCUUCAAGCCGAAGGUUUUAAUAACUUGUCGUUGGGGAAGAAGUAGCAGGUUGGUGGCGGAGAGGAGAGGAGAGGAGGAGAGCGCGUGGCGCAACAUCUCAGCGCUGGGGAGUGGACACGAUCCGCAGGUGACACUAACAUCCUGGGAGGCCUCAUCUUCAGUGUCCACACACACACACACUCACUCUCACUCUCUCCAGUCCUUCAUUACUGCUGAAGUUCGGUUUGCGUCCUAAUCCAAUGUCCAGACGUCUCUGUGAAGAUUGUAAGAUGACAUCACUGACCAGCCGUAGCCAAUCGGUGAAGUGCUCAGACCUGACCCCUCCCCAGGCGUCAGAUGUGCUGAUGUUAUGAUGUGAUUAUGUAAAGCGAUGUACUCUAACGUGUCACUUCCUCUGGACGACACAAUAAACCUUUUUUUUUUA